AAUCUUUAAACCGAACAUGAACCGGAAUCUUUAAACCGAGUCCUAUAUAUCCUUUUCAACUUCCAAGACUCUCUUCACAUUCUCUCAAACUUAUUUUCGUUUUCCAGAGAAAUUAUUGACAAACAGAGAAGGAAGCAAGAAGACUAAAGAAGAUGAUGAUGGAAGAACAACUUCAAGAGCGUAACCACAAUCUGAGCCUCGAAGACAUUGAUCUAUCUCUCCUCCGUCUCACUUCACCACGUGACUACUAUUCUCCUUCAUCAUCCUUGUUCUCCGCCGAGGAAAUCACCCCUCCGUUGAAACGCGCCUCCCCUGUUUCCGACGAAUCCGAUCUCCCCAAACGCAGGAAAAUCUCCCCUCAAAACCCAAUCUUUGUCACCUCUCCUCGUCUCUUCAUUUCCCCGGAAACACAAACUUCCUCUGUUCAUGACCCGACCCGGUACACGAAUCUCACUAGCUCUGUUUCGGAAGAGCAAGAAACGACGCCGUCUGAUCCUGAUACAGAGGUUUCUUAUACGAUGAAGAUGGUUAACAAUUGCGUUGAGAAGAUGAAACGUGGAGAGACUAACUAUGCUUAUGAGCAGAAGGAGCAAGAGGAAGUGGAAGAAGAAGAAGAAUGUGGAGGAGGGAUGAGGAUAGAGAGAUCUGGAGAUGGGUUUGUAAUUAGAUUGAAGUGUAAAUGCAGACAAGCUUUUAGGGUUCUUUUCUCUGAUGAUCAUCUCUACUUUAAGCCUCUCUAAGCUUUCACACAUUUGUGGUGUGAUUUAGUAUCUGCUUCUCUCUCAUUUGUUGCAACGUUUUACUUGUUUUCUUUUCUUUUGGUUGGACUAUUACGGAGACUUUGUUGAUAGUGUAGGAAGUAACCAAAAGUAAGAUCUACAAUCUGUGCAAUGAAAAUGAUGUGACUAAUAAUAAUAAUAAGAAGAGCAAGAACUAA